AUGUUUGAGACGCCCCCGUACUGCGGUCUUAAUCCCGUGGAAUAUGAAAUACUUGUGCGAUUUCUUAAAAGGAAUGUCACAUAUGAGAUGCUCACCUUUCUGAUAUCUAAAACGAAUUCAAUGAUUAAAAUAAAAAAGACUAAUAGCCCCAAACCUGUGGAAUUGAGUCUAUUUGUUGAGGAAUUAGUCGCAUCAUCUAAAGUCCAAGCUUCUACAUUAAUGGCAACAGCUGUAUAUUUGGAUAGAUUGAGCAGAAUAAUCCCCUCUAACGUAUGUGGCAUUGAAACUACAAAGCAUAGAAUGUUUCUAGGAUGCUUAAUCUUAUCAUCCAAAUCUUUGGAUGACUCAUCACUUUUCAAUAAACAUUGGACAAAAUACUGUAAUGGACUACUUACGUUGAAGGAGGUCAAUUCAAUAGAGCGUGAGCUGUUAUCGUACUUUAAUUGGGAUAUCAACAUUCAGAUUGAGGAAUUAUACAAUACUUUAGAACCUAUUUUGAAACCAAUUAGAGAAGAAAUGGUUACAAGAAGAUAUACACUGUACUUACCAACGCCUUCGUCUUCUCCAGGUAAAAUUGAUGGGCGUAUUAAGCUAAGCUCUCACCCAGUGCUUCAAAAACAAAUUGCAGAAGAAAUAUCGACCUAUCUUGACGAUGCAUCCCCAGUGUCCAGUAUUAGUACCUUUUAUGACUCUGAGUCACCUACAUCAAUGCAAUCAGGGCAUAACGGUCGACUAUAUCUGUGCGAUAAUUGCUCUACUCCAGCGCUCGGAAACAGUACAGUUAGUUCGGAAUAUGUAUUAGAUAGUUCGAAUCAAAGAAAAAGAGGCCAUUCAAGUGAUUUGAAAUCCACUAAGUCUGAAGAGGAAGAAAGCAAUCUAGAAUAUUUGUUCAAACGUGACAAAAAAUUGGUAAGGUGGAAUAAUCGAUGGUCAAUGGUUUUUUGA